CUCUCGGGUUGGGUCCUUCCAGCUCUGACGAUUGUUCAGCUCCUAGCAUAGCCCCCUGGGCACCACACACUCAAAAACAAGCACGGUGUUCUUACAGCAGCCCCUGCCUAAGGAGGGCAUGUGCUGGAGGGGAUAGGAGGGGAAACCGAGUCAGGAGCGAUGGCGCCAGACCCCUGCUGCUUGUGCGGAUGGAAGGAGGAGGGAUGCUCUCCCUCUUCUUGCCGAGAGGCCCCCGUGUGCGGCUGUGGGUGUAGAUAGGCGAUCGGCCCCUCCGUCCGGGAUUUUUUUUUGCCCUGUGCAGUGUGGGAGGACCAGGUGACCAAGGCUGUUUGCCGUCCUCCCUGUUUGGGUUCUGACACCAGCACUAGUAUUUUGAGACGGUGACAUCAUCCCUUGUCUCUCGAGCACCGUCGCUGUGGCCGUCCCCUUCGGCCCCGCCGUGUCUCACCUGGCAGCUGUGACCUUCGUCUGUGCACACGAGAAGAGCAGAAAUGGCUUCUGACAUCCCAGGAUCGGUGGUGUUGCCUGUGGCCCCCGUGGCGGCCUCUGGACAGGUGAGGAUGGCAGGGGCCGUGCCCGCCCGCGGAGGAAAGCGGCGUUCUGGGAUGGACUUUGACGACGAAGAUGGCGAAGGCCCCAGUAAAUUCUCAAGAGAGAACCACAGUGAGAUCGAGCGGCGCCGGAGGAACAAGAUGACCCAGUAUAUUACGGAGCUGUCGGACAUGGUCCCCACCUGCAGCGCGCUGGCCCGGAAGCCGGACAAGCUCACCAUCCUGCGCAUGGCUGUGUCGCACAUGAAGUCCAUGAGAGGCACCGGGAACAAGUCCACGGACGGCGCGUACAAGCCUUCCUUCCUCACUGAGCAGGAACUGAAACACCUCAUCCUGGAGGCUGCUGACGGGUUCCUCUUUGUCGUGGCGGCCGAGACAGGGCGUGUGAUUUAUGUGUCUGACUCCGUCACCCCUGUCCUGAACCAGCCCCAGUCGGAGUGGUUCGGGAGCACCCUCUACGAACAGGUGCAUCCCGAUGAUGUGGAGAAGCUGAGGGAGCAGCUGUGCACCUCGGAAAACUCGAUGACGGGCCGCAUCUUGGACCUGAAGACCGGCACGGUGAAGAAAGAAGGGCAGCAGUCGUCCAUGCGCAUGUGCAUGGGCUCGCGGCGCUCCUUCAUCUGCAGGAUGAGGUGUGGAAACGCCCCCUUGGAUCACCUUCCCCUGAACAGAAUCACCACCAUGCGGAAGCGCUUCAGGAACGGUCUCGGCCCCGUGAAAGAAGGAGAGGCCCAGUACGCCGUGGUCCACUGCACGGGGUACAUCAAGGCCUGGCCGCCAGCAGGAAUGACGAUCCCCGAGGAAGACGCCGACGUGGGCCAAGGCAGCAAAUACUGCCUCGUGGCGAUCGGGAGGCUCCAGGUGACCAGCUCGCCUGUGUGCAUGGACAUGAACGGGAUGUCGGUGCCCACGGAGUUCCUCUCCCGGCAUAACUCGGACGGAAUCAUCACGUUUGUGGAUCCCAGGUGCAUCAGUGUAAUUGGCUACCAACCCCAGGAUAUCCUGGGCAAGGACAUUUUGGAAUUCUGCCACCCGGAGGACCAGAGCCACCUGCGUGAGAGCUUCCAACAGGUGGUGAAGCUGAAAGGCCAGGUGCUGUCAGUCAUGUAUCGAUUCCGCACCAAGACCCGGGAGUGGAUGCUGAUCCGCACCAGCAGCUUCACCUUCCAGAACCCCUACUCGGAUGAGAUCGAGUACAUCAUCUGUACCAACACCAACGUCAAGCAGCUGCAGCAGCAGCAGGCAGAGUUGGAAGUGCACCAGAGAGACGGGCUGUCGUCCUACGACUUGUCGCAGGUCCCGGUCCCCAACCUCCCCACUGGAGUUCACGAGGCCGGGAAGUCGGUGGACAAGGCUGAUGCCAUCUUCUCCCAGGAGCGAGACCCCCGGUUUGCCGAGAUGUUUGCAGGAAUCAGUGCGUCGGAGAAGAAGAUGAUGAGCUCAGCCUCGGCAGCAGGAGCCCAGCAGAUCUACUCCCAGGGAAGCCCGUUCACCCCGGGACACUCGGGGAAGGCCUUCAGCUCAUCGGUGGUGCAUGUGCCUGGGGUGAACGACAUUCAGUCCUCGUCAUCCACGGGCCAGAACAUGUCCCAGAUCUCCCGGCAGCUGAACCAGAGUCAGGUGGCCUGGACGGGGAGUCGGCCACCCUUUCCCGGACAGCAAAUCCCAUCCCAGUCCAGCAAGACUCAGUCAUCACCCUUUGGGAUCGGAACGAGCCACACCUACCCGGCAGACCCCUCCUCCUACAGCCCCCUGUCCAGCCCAGCUACCUCCUCGCCGAGUGGGAACGCCUACUCCAGCCUGGCCAACAGGACUCCAGGGUUCGCUGAAAGUGGACAAGGCAGCGGGCAGUUCCAGGGGCGGCCCUCGGAGGUCUGGUCACAGUGGCAGAGCCAGCACCACGGCCAGCAGAGCGGUGAGCAGCACUCCCACCAGCAGCCCGGUCAGACUGAAGUGUUCCAGGACAUGCUGCCCAUGCCGGGGGACCCCACCCAGGGCACCGGCAACUAUAACAUCGAAGACUUUGCCGACCUCGGCAUGUUCCCGCCCUUCUCCGAGUAGCCAGGCUGCCGCUGUGCAGUGCCACCCACGAGGUGAUGCCGGGGCCCCCUCGCCGGGCCUGCCCUGCCGCAGGACCCCCACCGGGAGCCACCCUGACCCCCACGUCCCCCCAGGCAUGGCAUCACUCAGCUCUAGUCCACAGCCCCGGCUGCCCAGCCCCUGACCCUGGUGCACGGCCGGGAUUGGGCCUAUUUAUCGUCUUGUGCCUGUGUGUGUGCCCCGGAGCUGUGCCUGUUGGGUCCUUGCUGUGCUGUGAGAGGCGAUUUACACCCUAACCAGAGCAGCUGAUGCCCAGAGGGGCCUGCCAGCAGCGCAGGCCUGCUGGACUGGGCAGGGGGAGGGGUGGAUGACGAGGUGAGCAGGGUGCCCAGCCUGUGUUCCCCGCGCUGGAGCCCAGGGGUGCAGGGGACACACGGGCGGGUGCCCCUCGGCUCAGCUCACCUGUCUGUGCGUCCCGUGUGCAGGGGGACACGAGUACGUAGUGCAUUGUGACAUGAACCGUCCAUCCUAAUGGCUGUGUUGUGCCCCGUGUGUGUGGUGUGUGAGCCCAGUGCCCGCAGUGAGCGUCACAGCCCAGCCGUGCAGCCUCACCUGAAGGGAGGAGGCAGCUCUGUCCUGAGCUGCCGCUUUAGUGGCCUCCAGGAGUCACGGCGCCAGGACCUGCUCCCUGGAAUGCGUCAGUCCUGUAGCCCGUGCCCCACCCUGGUGGAUGUAGGACCCAGCUCCUCCCACAGGAGCCGGCCCCUCCCUCCUCCAGCAGGCAGCCCUGGGGGCCCUCAGCCCCUCUGCCUCGGGUCCCAGCAGCUCUGUUGCUGCUGUCACAUCCCUGUCUCCAGCUCUGCCCCACAGGUGGGCACAGACGCUCGUGGGAAGGUGCACCCCGAGCUCCCCCAAGGGCAGACGUGGGGUGGCCCAGGACAGUGGGCGUCCUCACAGCCUGUGCCGCCUUCCGCUCAGUGCUCCUGCAGGUGGUCUGGGGUCACGCUGGGCAUGGGGGGUGGACGGUGUGAGAAGGCCUGGGCCUGGGCCUUCUGCCUUCAGCCCCCUUGGUGGGACAGCCGGGGCUUGGAAAGGGACACAGUGCAGGUCUCUGGGGGAAGGAAGGCUUGGGGCCCAGUCCAGGACCCUGACUCCAACAGGAGCCAAGGUCCCAGCUCACCGUGCUUCGCUCUAAUUUGGGGGUGAUGAAUUGAGAAUCUGUACCCCCCUACACCUUCCCGGCCUCCCCUCCCAUGCCCUUCACACAAAUGAGGGCUCCCUUGGCCUCUCCUUUCUCUCCUGUGAGCCUCACCUCCGCUGUCUCAUCCCCACCCUGAAGCAGCGCCCUCGCCCCGACUCCCAGGUGGCACAGAGAAGUCCUGCUGGGGCCCGGGCAGGUGGGACAGCCCCCCGUCCGGGAAAGCCCCCAUGCCCACCACCCAUCAUCCAGACUGGCCCUCAGAGACAAGACCCUGGAGGGCCAGGGGCAGCGGCGUUGGUUCUGGGCUGCCUGAGGGCCGAGGAAACCCAGCGUGUGCAGAGCAGCAGGGGGCAGCGUGUGCUGUGCCUCCUGGGAGAUCCGUGUGCCCAGUGUCGCUGAGGCAGCACCCACCAAGUCCAGCACGGCUCAGGGGAAUGCCUUUGGCCUGCAGCCAGGUCCUCCGUUCCACCUUAACCCCUGACUUGAUGGUUCCUUCAGUACCCUUGUGUACAUAGGGGUGAUUGGGCCCUGGGUUUAGAUGCACCUGCUGUUCGCGCCAACCUUCUCCCUGCUGGGGAAGUGGCAGGGGCUGUCCCCACUGAGCCACCCCCAGAACAGGCUUCCCUCUGUGCCCCCUGCCCUGAAGGUCACCUCUGUCUCCAGCAGCCCAGGAGCCUGUUUAUUCCCCACCCCCCUUAAAAAAAACAAAGGCACAGAAAUAGCUUAUGGAGCACAGGAGUGUUGCCCGGGGAGAUGAACGUGGACUUCCCGUGGCCUCUGGCUGCUGGGUUCAGAGGUCCGGGGGAAUGGGGCGGGGCCAUGCAUUUGGUUUCUGCCCUCUGGUUUGGGGAGGGAACUUGGAGGACUUUCUUAGUUGCAUACAGAGGUGAGCGCAGGGACUGGGGGCCUGGCCUUGCCGUCCUGGGCUCUGCCGGGCACUGAGGGGCUGCCACAGAGAGAGGAGAGGACCCCUUCCCCCAGUGACUCUGCGUCCACUGUUCUCAUUUGAGCAGGAUUUGGGGUGCAGCCAACUCCAGCCUUGGUCCUGGGAGGCGAGGACCCGUAGGUGGCAGCCAGGUGAGGCUCCCUCCGAUGCAGCCUCUCCCUGGGGCCCCGAGUGGGAACUCGCUGUCCGGCUCGCAGCCUGUGCUGUCCGGGUCCUGCUCCACGUUUUGACUGUGAUUUAUAGAAACCAUCACAAGACCAACAAGCCAGGGAGAGGGAGGGCAGGACCCCAGGAUUAGGAGAACCUCGCAGCCCAGGGAAUCAGAAUUUAAAGGUCCAGGGGAUGCAAUUAUCCUUGUGUGCAGAAAACCCCCCGUACCUGUCCUGCUCAGCCCAGGAGGCCAGAAAGCCAUGGACCCACCUGUUGCCUGGUCCCUCACCUGUGCCCUGCCAGCUGUCUCCCGCCGGAGACAGAGGCCAUGCUGACUUAGGCAAGCGGCACACGUGAGCCGAUGUGGCCCUGAGACUCACCCCACUCACACCUCCUAGGCGUUCCCCUGGCCUCACUCAGGUUAUCUGGAAAAGGCAUGCAGUGGCUGCCUGAGCCAUUGGCCAGGACACACGCCCUGCCCACAACUGGGUCAGUGACUGGGACAAGGGCCAUGCUGCCUGUCCAUUCUUCCCCCCUGGUUCUGGUUUCAGGGAGUGAUGAAGCCGUCACAGAGCCAGCCGCUUCCCCUGCUUCCUAUCAUAGCCAGAUCAAGCCUUGUGUCCUUUCAUGAGCAGUGGGCGUGACGCCCCGUGAGGUCAGGGCACUUACAGGGAGGAGGCUCAGUCCCCCGUGUCGGCGGGAGCAGGUGGCAUUCUCCUCCCUCCCCCACGGCUCCGUGACCACCUGAUGAGCUGUGCUGCCACGGGCGCACCUGCUCCGGGACACCCAUGCCUUGUCUCAUAAGUGAGGGCAAGCCACAAACCUCGCCGUAGCCAGGAAGAAGUCAGAUGAGAAACGCUCUGUAUUGCCAAGAAAGAAAGGUUUGGGCAUGGGGUCGCUGUGUCCUGACCUGCCUGGGUCCCCUUCUCUUCCAUCCCCCACCAAGCCCGUGUAGUGCGGGGCCAGGAGCCGCCUGAUUGUCCAUCUCUCCCUGACUGCCUGCAGUCUGGGGUCAACUUGAAGACAGUGUCACAUGCAGCGCUUCUGGGGACUUGUCGCUCUCAUCAGGCACCUGCGGAAAGCCCGUGAGGCACUGGCCGGAAAAGGAGCAAGAGGGAGGUUCCACAGACCGUGCGUGAGCCGGGCAGUGCGCUUCCUCUAACCAUCUCUGUUCCCUUUAACAAAGACACCAGAUCUGCAAGCAGGCUUCUGUGGACAGUGUUAAGCACUUAAUCAUUUCUGUGUUAACCUUUCUUCCUAUGGGUGUGACCUGUGCUGUGCAUAAAUCAUCAUUUGUAUUUCUUGAAUGUUCUCUAAGACUAACAGUUAUUAAGUCGGUUGUGUAUAUGUGUAACUAAUGUAACUGCCUUUUCAAAUUUCAUUACAAUAAAAAUGACCUAGCGCUGCAACAGUGAA